CGCCCAUAUACGUCAGGACUCGCCCUGUACGCAUGUGCAGCCGAUACUCUACGGUUCCCCAGACUCUGGUGACAACAACCGCCCUCCGUUAGCUCACGGACUGUCCGCCUGUCAGGGGCCCGGGGCCGGACGCGCCGUCUGAGAGAGUCCGGGGGACAUAGUGUGGGCAGCGGACGCUAAGCGAAAGCCACGACGCCGGAGAGUUGGUGUGCCUUUGGUCCGCACCGCCCGCCCGGUAACAACGCGCCCGCUGCCCGGCAGCUGCUGGCCGGUCCGUUUACCGAGCCGCCGCUAACGCUAGCAGGCGGGCUAACGCCGCGGCAGAUCAGCGUCCCGGUGGCCAUUCGUCAUGCUCUGCACCCGGUGAGCGGAGCCGCGGGCAGCUGCUAGCCAGGAGCUAACGGCUAGCUCUCCGAGGAUGGUCGCAGUGAGGGCGGCUGCUCUGGAGGAUCGGCCCGGAUGUUCUGAGCUUCACGGCUUCACCCGCCCUGCUGGACCCGGACUGCCGCUCACCGAACCGGGCGUGUGAGUCCGGCUGCUCAGACCCGCGGGAGCGGCAGCCAUGCAGGCGGCGCAGCCGCAGUACGACUUCUUCAGCGAAGAGAACGGUCCGAAAUGGAGAGGCCUGCUGGUGCCCUCACUGGAAAAGGUACUGAACCAGGUGCAUCCUAACCUGGUGUCCCAGCAGGAGGCGCUGCAGUACGUGGAGGAGCUGAUCCUGCAGCUGCUCAGUAUGCUGUGUCAGGCUCAGCCGCGCACGUGCCAGGACGUCGAGGAGCGCGUGCAGAAGAGUUUUCCUCACCCGAUCGAUAAGUGGGCACUCAGUGAUGCUCAGAGUGCCAUUGAGAAGAGGAGGAGGAGGAACCCGCUGGCGCUGCCUGUUGAUAAGAUCCAUCCCCUGCUCAAGGAGGUGCUGGGCUAUAAGAUCGACCACCAGGUGUCCGUGUACAUGGUCGCCGUCCUGGAGUACAUCUCUGCGGACAUCCUGAAGCUGGCAGGAAAUUACGUGAGGAACAUUCGACACUAUGAGAUCUCCCAGCAGGAUAUCACCGUGGCCAUGUGUGCCGACAAGGUGUUGAUGAACAUGUUUCACCAGGACGAGGAGGACAUCAGCGGCUUCCCGCUAAUGGAUGAGGAGCCGUCAGCCAAUGAGGAGCAGAGUUACUACGAGCUGGUGAAGAGCUUCAUGGCGGACUGUCGGCAGUACCUGAGGCAGCUCAACCUGAUCAUCAGGGUGUUCAGGGAGCCCUUCAACUCCAACUCCAUGCUCUUCUCCCAGCACGUAUGUCCACCGGUGACAUCACUAACUGGUCUGGUGAUUGGUGAUUCUGUUGAUGUGGAGAGCAUCUUCAGUCGGAUCCUGGAUAUCCACGAGGUGACGGUGAAGCUGCUCGGUCUGAUCGAGGACACGGUGGAAAUGACCGGCGAGGGAAGUCCUCAUCCUCUGGUGGGGAGCUGCUUCGAGGACCUGGCUGAGGAGUUGGCUUUCGACCCCUAUGAGACGUACGCUCAGGACAUGCUGCGCUCUGGCUUCCAUGAACACUUCCUCAGUCAGGUGUCCAAACCUGGAGCUUCCUUCCACCUGCAGUCCAUCUGCGAGGGCUUUAAAGAGGCCGUUCAGUACGUUCUGCCCAGGCUGCUGCUCACACCUGUUUACCACUGCCUGCACCUGUUCGAGAUCCUCAAGCAACUGGAGGAGAAGAGUCAGGAUGACGAGGAUAAAGAGUGUCUGAAACAGGCCAUCACGGCUCUGCUCAACCUGCAGAGCAGCAUGGAGAGGAUCUGCUCCAGGAGCCUGGCCAAGAGGAGGCUCAGUGAGUCGGCGUGCCGUUUCUACUGCCACCAGAUGAAGGGUAAGCACCUCGCCAUCAAGAAGAUGAACGAGAUCCAAAAGAACAUCGAUGGCUGGGAGGGGAAGGACAUUGGCCAGUGCUGCAAUGAGUUCAUCAUGGAGGGUACCUUGACCCGCGUCGGCGCCAAACACGAACGCCACAUCUUCCUGUUUGACGGCCUGAUGAUCUGCUGCAAGUCUAAUCAUGGCCCGCCGCGGCUGCCUGGUGCCAGUUCUACCGCGGAGUACCGCCUCAAAGAAAAGUUCUUCAUGCGCAAAGUUCAGAUCAACGACAAAGAUGACAAGGAGGGCGAGUACCGCCACGCCUUCGAGAUCAUCCUGAAAGAUGGCAACAGUGUAGUGUUCGCCGCCAAGUCUGCAGAGGAGAAGAACGGCUGGAUGGCGGCGCUGAUCUCGCUGCAGUACCGCAGCACGCUGGAGCGCAUGCUGGACACCGCCAUGCUGCAGGAGGAGAAGGAGGAGCAGAUGAGACUCCCGGGCGCCGAGGUGUACCGUUUCGCCGAGCCCGACUCCGAGGAGAACGUCGUGUUCGAGGAGAACGUCCAGUCCAAGUCCGGCAUUCCCAUCAUCAAGGCGGGGACUGUCCUGAAGCUGAUCGAGAGACUCACCUUCCACAUGUACGCAGAUCCAAACUUCGUCCGGACUUUUCUGACCACCUACAGAUCAUUCUGCAAACCUCGGGAGCUGCUGGACCUGCUCAUAGAGAGGUUUGAGAUCCCGGAGCCAAAGCCGGCGGACGCCAAUCAGACGGAGGGAGGAGAACAGCCACCCAGCGCUGAACUCAAACGCUUCCGGAAAGAGUUUGUCCAACCUGUUCAGCUCAGAGUGUUGAAUGUUUGUCGCCACUGGGUCGAACAUCACUUCUAUGAUUUUGAGAGAGACCCUCUCCUUCUGAGCGAGAUGGAGGACUUCAUUGCUUCAGUCAAAGGUAAGGCGAUGAAGAAGUGGGUGGAGUCAAUCACCAAGAUCAUCCAGAGGAAGAAGCAGGUCCAGGUGAGCGUGCCGAGUCAUAGCAUCACCUUCCAGAAUUCCCCUCCUCCCAUCGAAUGGCACAUCUGCAAACCCGGAGACACUGAGCACUUCGACCUUAUGACCCUGCACCCCAUUGAAAUCGCCCGCCAGCUCACCCUGCUCGAGUCCGACUUUUACAGGGCGGUGCAACCGUCUGAGCUGGUCGGUAGCGUCUGGACCAAAGAGGACAAAGAGAUCCACUCGCCCAACCUGUUACGGAUGAUCCGACACACCACCAACCUCACCCUGUGGUUUGAAAAGUGUAUCGUAGAGACGGAGAACCUGGAGGAACGCGUCGCUGUCUUUUCCCGGAUCAUCGAAAUCCUGCAGGUGUUUCAGGAGCUCAACAAUUUCAAUGGCGUCCUAGAGGUCGUCAGCGCCAUGAACUCUGCACCCGUGUACAGACUGGAUCACACCUUUGAGCAAAUUCCGAGUCGUCAGAGAAAAAUCCUGGAGGACGCUCAUGAGCUCAGCGAGGACCACUACAAGAAGUACCUGGCUAAACUGCGCUCCAUCAACCCCCCCUGCGUCCCCUUCUUUGGAAUCUACCUGACCAACAUCCUGAAAACGGAGGAGGGAAACCCCGACUUCCUGCACAGACACGGCAAAGAUCUGAUCAACUUCAGCAAGAGACGGAAAGUGGCCGAGAUCACCGGAGAGAUCCAGCAGUACCAGAACCAGCCGUACUGUCUGCGGGUGGAGGGUGACAUCAGAAAGUUCUUCGAGAACCUGAACCCAAUGGGCGACCUGUCGGAGAAGGACUUCAGUGAUUAUCUCUUCCACAAGUCUCUGGAGAUCGAACCUCGCCAGCUCCGAUCGGCUCCUCGAUUUGCGAAGAAGUACACCUAUCCUCUGAAGUCUCCGGGGAUCCGACCCACUUCGGCCCGACCCGGCACCAUGAGACAUCCGACGCCGCUCCAGAACGAGCCCAGGAAGAUCAGCUACAGCCGCAUCCCGGACAGCGAGUCCGAGGGGACGCCGGCCUCUGCCCCCAACUCUCCCCGUACCCCCCUGACCCCGCCCCCUGCCUCCGCCGCCUCCGCCGCCUCCAGCUCCACAGAUGUGGGCAGCGUGUUUGACUCGCCGCAAGGACCCAGCAGCCCAUUCCACUCCACCUGCGACAGCAUCUUUGCUGUGGUGUCUCUGCCGCACGGCCCACGUUAGUAUGACCUUCCUGACUCUCCGUACGCCUGCUCCACAGCUCACCUGCGCCCCACACAUCACACCUGUCUGUCUCUCACUUGUCUCAGUGUGUUUCAGGUUUCUGUUCCAUUGUUAUUGAUUGCUCAUUGGUAUAGAGGAUAUUGAUUAGACUUCCUGUUGUGUCUCACCUGUGCAUGAUGUCACACCCAUUGUAUUAGUUUGUCUCCAUAGAAACUGGCAGCUGUGUUACUGUCUCUGCACCGGCCGAGAUGAAAGAAGGCGUCAGGGAAGUUCAGUGAGUUCUGAUCCGGCGGCUCGCUCGGACUCUGGCGUCUCUUGGUUCGGGCAGCAGUUGUAGUUUGAUGCGUUGGCAGGCUGAUGUUGGGCUGCGUAAACUGGGAAUGUUCCUCAUCCCCAUCACCCUUGGGGAAGGAGGGUGCUCUAAGGUGGGGGAGGUAGCUCAGGUCAUCUACUAAUCCAAGGUUGGUGGUUCGAUCCCUGGCUGCUCCAGGCUGCGUGCCAAUUAUCCUUCCAAGAUACUAAGUUGCUCUCUGACGCAUCCAUCGGAGUGUGAAGGCCAGAAAAAAGUGAAAGAGGCCUGCUGUAAAAAGACUGGAGUCCAUUUUCCAGCUGGAUACAGUUGGACUCCAGUGUCUCGUGGUUCAGGCAGCACACGAUGGCCGAGGUCUUGGCAGGCUGCUCUCAGGCUGCGUAAACUGGUUUUGGGGACGAGCAUGAGAUGUACCGGCUCACCUGAGUCCACUCGUACCUUCCUGGUUCUGUACCUGUUCGCUGGAACAGGACUCGUCUUUGAGUACCUGACGUGCUUGGAUGAGUGCGCUGUCUGCUGUUCUUCCAUGCACACAGUCACAGUGAAUCCUGAAGGGAAAGUUAAAAGUUCCUCGAUCAGCUGAGGGUAACAUGGCAGGCAGGCCUGGGACAUUCGUCUACCACCUCCACAGCAUCCUGAGUAGGGCUGGGUAUCGUCACUGAUUUCUAGAAUCGAUUUGGUUCUAUUUGAAUCUGUGAAGUUUUGCCUCACACAGUCAGAAAUAUCAUAAUUCUGAUCAUUUAUC